AUGUCGGUGAAUUCUUUCUUUCCUUCUUUCUUUCUUUUUUUUUUCUUUCUUUCUUUCUGUAGAUCUUUCUUUUUUAUGUUUUCUUUCUUUUUGUCUUUCUUUUUUAUUUAUUUAUUUCUUCUUUCUUUCUUUCUUCUUUCUUCCUUUCUGCCUUACUUCUUUCUGUCUUUCUUACUUUCUGCCUUACUUCUUUCUGUCUUUCUUCUUCCUUUCUUUCUUCUUUCUUUCUUUCUUCUUUCUUUCUUUCUUUCUGUCUUAUUCUUUCUUUUUCUUUCUUUUUCUUUCUUUCUUCUUUUUUCGUCUUUCUUUCUUCUUUUUUACGUCUUCUUUCGUUCUGUCUUUCUUUCUUUCUUUCUUUCUUUCUUUCUUUCUGUCCUUCUUCUUUCUGUCUUUCUUCUUCCGUUCUUUCUUUUUUUCUUUAUUUCUUUCUGUCUUUCUUCUUUCUGCCCUACUUCUUUCUUUCUUUCUUUCUUUCUUACUUCUUUCUUUUUUCUUUCUUUCUUUUUUCUUUAUUUCUUCCUAUCAUAUGGAUGUCUAAUUUUUAUUUUCUUUCCUUUUUGUCUUACUUCUUUUUUCUUCAUUCUUUCAUUCAAUUUUCUCCCCUAUUUCUUUCUUUCCUUCUCUCUCUCUCUCCCUCUCUCUCUCUCUCUCUCUCUCUCUCUCUCUCUCUCUCUCCACGGCUUCUUUAUAUUAAAAAGAUUUAUAGGUCAGCCAAGUCAAUUUCAAACUCCUCUCCCUCUCUAUAAUUUCCCUCUCUCUCUCUCUCUCUCUCUCUCUCUCUCUCUCUCUAAAUGUCUCUAUAUGUGUGUGUUCACAUAUAUGUGA